AUGGUCAGACUCCAAGGAGAGAGCAAGUGCCACAUCUGUCUGGAUGCUCUGACCGAACCAGACACCACAGAAUGUGGACAUAACUUCUGUCACUCUUGUGCCUAUAACUUCUUUGGGGAACAGGAAGUCGUACCCUGUCCCGUCUGUAGAAGUGAUUGCCAAAAGCAGAACAUCACAAGCAAUGCUCAGCUUGGGGAGAUGGUUAAAAUGGUCCAGCAGUUCCAAAACAGGGCAAGCCAGAUUGAGGAGACCAGAACCAGCUGUGAGAGGCACAACCAGGUCUUGACCCUCUUCUGUGAAGAUGACCUGCAGCUGCUGUGUGACCGGUGCGUCGGGCCACAGAGCCACAACAGCCACCACGUAACAUCCAUUGCACGGGCUGCCUCUCAUCACAGAGAAAGGCUUUGGGGCUUACGCAAGCUUCUGAAGAGGGAAAUGAGACAGGCUGAAGAGUUAAGACGCAUUCAAGAUGACGGGACCCAGGCCUUGAGGGAGCAGGCAGAAGCCCAGAGGUGUAAACUGAACUCUGAGUUUGAGCGGCUCAACCGGUAUUUGGAUCGGGAACAGCAUGCGGCUUUCUCCAGGCUAAAGGAGGAAGAGAGGGAUAUCAGGCAGAAACUGAGCACAAAUAUAGAGGCAUUUGAAAAACGGAUUUCUACACUCAAAAGUCUCCUGAACCUUGCGGUGGCAGGCAAGACGUCCUCAGAAGUAGAUCUGCUGUCGACAGUCAAGAAUUUCUACAAGGAUUACGAGAGUGUGAGUAACCCAGACAUCUUUUCACCUCAGUUAAGAAGAGAAGCAUACACCUUUCCUCUCCAGUAUUCAGCGCUACAAAAAAUUAUACAGCAAUUUACAGUUCAAGUAACUCUAGACCCGGACACAGCCCAUCGAAACCUGCUUGUUUCUGAGGAUAAAAAAUGUGUUACAUUUUCACAGAAAAAACAACGUGUUCCUGGUUCUUUAAAAAGGUUUACCAAGAGCCAUGUUGUGUUGGGGUCUCCGUAUUUUAGUUCUGGGAGACAUUUCUGGGCGGUAAAGGUAGGAGAGAAGUCCGAGUGGGCUGUUGGAAUCUGCAAAGCCAAUCUUUCCAUUGGGGCAAGGCAGUCCUUGAUCCCUCCCGGGUGCUGGAUGAUUGUCUGGAAGGGUGACUGCUUCGAGGUCUCAGGAGGAGCAGCCCCAAAGUGUUCUCAGCUGAAAGCCACAAGGCCCAGAGUCAUUGGCAUUUUCCUGGACUAUGAGCUGGGAGAGGUCUCCUUUUAUAGGAUGCCUGAGAAAUCUCACAUCUGUACUAUCAGGGACACUUUUACUGAGCCUGUUUGCCCUUAUUUCUACGUAGGAAAUAAUUCCGAACCUCUUAGCCUCUGCUCUGCCACAGAUGCUGAGUGA